AUGCGCCUGGGCGCCCCCCCGCCGUCCGCAGCGGACGCGAGGCGGAAAGCGGCCGGCGCGGUUGGCUUUGCAGUCACUGUUCCUGGCCGCGCUGCGCAGCAGGCCACGCUGCAUGGCGUGGGUGGCGGGGCCGCUCAGCCCCAUUCCUCUCGUCCUGGCCGUCAGCGGAGGAAACGGCGGCGGGAUCGCCCCUCCGCAGGGAGACGCUCGGGUCUAGACGGCUUGGCCCGCUCCACGCAGUGUCCCAGCCCCUGCUCAGGGGCCCCUGGACAGGAGUGGGCGUUCCGCUCUGUGGUGGGCCUCACAGGCCUGCAGGGCACAGAGACAGAGCCGCAUUCAUGGGGCCCCUGGGCCUGGGCCAGUCAGGUACAACCCAUCGCCAGCACCAGCAGCCUGGACAGGCCAGAUGACUGGCAUCUGGACUGGCUGCAGGCCUCGUGCCUCCUGGGCCAGGCAGCUGUCGCCUGUGGCAAUGUCAAGAUGAAGCAUGUCCCUGCCCUGACUGACCCUGGUCUGACCACACUCUCCCUGCCAGCACCCAGACCCCAGCCACUCUUCUGCCCAUAUAAUCUGACCAGGCUGAAACAUCGGAACCUGGAUGGGAUCUCACUGACCACGGUGCCAGCCUUGCCUGCCUCGCUGCAGGAGCUCAAACUCAGCGACAACCUCCUGCAGAGCCUACAGCAAAGCAGUUUCCAGGGGCUCAGUCAACUGUUGACGCUGGAGGUGGAAGGGAACCAGCUGCAUGAUGGGAAUGUCUCCCCCCUGGCCUUCCAGCCUUUCCAAAGGCUGCUUUACCUGAGGCUCAACCGUAACCAACUGCGGGCCAUCCCUUCUGGCUUGCCAGCCUCCCUGCAGGAGCUGUACCUGGGCACCAACCUCAUUGAGGAGGUGACUGAGCACACACUGAGUGGCUGCUACCACCUCAGUGUGCUGGUUCUCAGCAACAACUGGCUCCAGGAGGACUGUCUGGCACCCCGGGCUUGGAUCGACCUGCCAUGACUGGAGACCCUCGACCUGUCCCACAAUCAACUGGCCCACGUGCCCUCCUCCCUGCCUCGGGGCCUGCAGCAGCUGGUGCUGCACCACAACCUCAUCCAGCGUGUCCCCGGCUAAGUGCUCACGCACAUGAAGCCCAGCCUGGAGCUCCUGCACCCAUCCCACAACAAGCUCCGCGCCAAUGGCAUCCAUGCCUCGUCCUUCCGGGGCCCACACACCUCCCUGGCCGAGCUGCUGCUGGACCACAACCAACUGCAGGCCAUCCCACGUGGCCUCCUGGGCCUCAAGGACCUGCAGGUGCCACUGAACCACAACAGGAUCAGAUACGUGCCUUUGAAUUCCAUGUGUGACACGUGUGAGGCCUAGGACUCCAACCUCAUGUCCACACACCUGGAGAACAACCUCAUGGACCGGUGCCACAUCCCGCCUGCAGCCUUCUCCUGCAUCUGAGCCUGCCACAGCAUGGUCCUCCAGCCCCAGCAAGGGGAGGAGGGCUUGUAG